UUUCAUACAGUGAAUGUGUUUAUCUGCAUGCAUGCAUAUCGAACUUUUUUUUUUUGAGUAGCAUGAAUGGCCGCCGCUGAUGAACGUUUGAAUAAAGUUGUGUGUGUGUGUGAUUGUCAUGACUCACUCAUUCAAAUUGCUGCGUAUUUUUAUUCGAAUUUCCAUUUUUCUUCACACAACCAACAGAUACACACACACACAUUAACUGACACUGUUGAGUGAUAUAUUUUUCUGAUUUCUCUCCUAAACAAAAUCCCAUUGCAAUUUGUUGAUUUGAUCAAAAAUUAUCAACAUUUAUUUUAUUUAUUACAGUUGAGCCCAUUUCUCAUCCGCUUAUCAAGAAUAAUAAUAUUGCCAUUUUUUUUUUUUUUGAUUGCUUUUGUGGUUUCAGUCUUUGUUGUUGUUUUUGAUUAUAUCAAAUGUAAAAAAUAUCUAUUACAUACGCAGUGUUAAAUACCAAAGUUUCUUGUUCUUCUGUCAUUUGAUCUAUUUUCACCAAAAAAAUCAUCUUUUUUAAUUUUGACCAAAAAAAAAAAAUAUCUAAAAAUCAACAUGGGACAAGGGUCUAUUUCCUGUAUGCGAUACAUUCUGUGUGCUUUUACACUUGUAUUUGUUAUAUUCGGUAUUCUGUUAUUGUAUACUGGAUUCUCAACUUUCAUAAGUUUGAAUCAAUACAGUCUUGUCGUACAUAAUCGUCCGGAUGGAGCAACAAUCGUUCUUUUGGUACUUGGUUUCGUCAUCUUUCUCAUCUCUUUUCUGGGAUGUUGUGGUGCCAUAACAGGCAACGAUUUUAUGCUCCGUACAUUUUCAUUCAUUCUCACUUUAUUAUUGUUGAGUGAAAUCAUCGCUGUUGCGUUUGUAUUCACAUUCAAGAAGACGAUCCGACAAUCGAUGGAAAGUGGCCUGGAUGAAGCGAUUCGAAAAUAUCAUGAUGAUGAUGAUUCAGCCAUCAGUAAAAUGAUUGAUGAUAUUCAAACACGUUUCGCCUGUUGUGGUGCCGAUGGUCCAGGUGAUUGGAAAAAUAAUACUAAUUAUCAUGAAAAUGGUUUAUUGCCGAAAAGCUGCUGUAAAGAUGUUGGUGAACAAUGUUCCAUGUCUGGUCCACAUUAUACACGAGGAUGUGUCGAAAUCAUUUCCGACGAAUUACGUAAUUCGGUUAGCUAUCUUGGAUCGUUGGUGAUCACCGUAAUUGUCGUCCAAAUUAUUGGCUUGAUUUUCUCCUGUCUUUUGUCUGGUCAACGUCGCCAAUAUAAUUAUGUUUAAUCAUCACUUGAAAUACACACACAAACACACACUUACAUUAUUUGAAACAGAAAAAAAUGGUUGAACCAUUUUUUCUCAUUUUACAAACCAAGAAACUUUUUUUUUACUACAAAUUUGGGUUUUGAUUAUAAAAUGUAAAUAUACAUCAUACUCGAAAAGCACAAAUAUUUAAUCUCAAUAAAAAUAA